AUGGUGUACGCGAAAGCUGGGGAAUCUCUACCGGUGCCGAAUGUGCAGGCACUUGCACAAACCUACAGUAGAUCCGACGAGCAGAUUCCUGAGAGGUACUUCAGGGUAGAAGAAGCUGCAGAGGAGGUGAUCAGUGGUCGUGACAUUGCACUUGCAAUCCCAAUCAUUGAUCUCAAAAAGUUGGUUGAUCCACAGUCAUGUAAAGAGGAGUGUGCAAAGCUUGAACUAGCGUGUAACCAGUGGGGAUUUUUUUCAGCUCAGGUCAAAGAAAAGCAAAUUGAGCCGACCCUCUGUAGCCUACUGUAUGAAGAGCCGCCACCCCUUUACAAGCUCAUUAACCAUGGUGUACCAGAAGAAGUGAUCCACAACUUCAGGAGUGACAUGACUGAAUUCUUAAACAACCACUGGAAGCAAAGCAGGGACUCCAUAGACAGGUACUCUGAUGGAACAAAGCUAGUAUCUUGCCCGUUGAUGUCCUUGGCCAUAGACAUGGGCGUUGAUCCGGAGACUUUCCUAGAGAGAUUCAGAGGUCAACCUCAGAGCAUGCGGAUGAACUACUACCCUCCAUGCAAGCAGGCUGACAAGGUGCUAGGCCUGUCGCCACAUACUGAUGGUACAUGCCUGACGCUGCUGCUCCAGGCGAAUGAUGUGCAAGGGCUGCAGAUACGAAUGGAUGGCAAGUGGCUAAGUGUAAACAACCUUGAUGGUGCUUUGACAGAAUAUCAAAUACUAUAA